AUGUCUUUGAGUGACAACCGCAGCACGAGAACUUUACUGAUGGUAAUAAGACGCAUGGGCGAUGGCUUUUAUAAGAUUGUGAAGUCGACCAUCACACCAGUGGAAGAGACUACUAGAGGUAGUCAACCAUCUAUCUCAAGUGCUCUCGGUUCAAAGUUGAGUGACAACCGCAGCACGAGAACUUUACUGAUGGUAAUAAAACGCAUGGGCGAUGGCCUUUCUAAGAUUGUUAAGUCGACCGUCACACCAGUGGAAGAGACUACCAGUAGUAGUGUACCAUCUACUUCAAGUGCUCUCGGUUCAAAGUCGAGUGACAACCGCAGCACGAGAACUUUACUGAUGGUAAUAAAACGCACGGGCGAUGGCCUUUCUAAGAUUGUUAAGUCGACCGUCACACCAGUGGAAGAGACUACCAGUAGUAGUGUACCAUCUACUUCAAGUGCUCUCGGUUCAAAGUUGAGUGGACUUGCCCAAAAAACCACUUUGGACUCAAAAACUCCACAAGCUCCAUUGUAUUCAAGAGAAAUAUCGCUUCCUAUCAACACCGGAACUAAGAGGACAUCAUCUUCUCCGAAUAAUUUACCACCAUGCAAGAAAUUUAAGCUCUUAACAGCUCACCCAGUGAAAAUAGACGAGGACUGGUAUGGGGAUCAAACCAUUAAUAAUUAUUUCAAGCUUAUUCGAAAUGAACACGUCAACGUUGCCACCUUCGACACUUUCUUUUACCCCGCAUUAUCAUGUGGGGGAUAUGAGAAAGUGCGAAGGUGGACAAAAAAAGUUGACGUGUUCAGUAAAGAUUUGAUCCUCAUACCAGUCAACGAGAAUAAGCACUGGAGAUUAGUAGAAGUAAAGCCAAAAGAGAAAAUCCUGAAAUUGUAUGAUAGCUUCAAUAAGAACGACAAAAAGUGUCUGGCUGUAAUGAUGUAUUAUUUACAAAACGAGUCCUUGGAUAAAAGGGGCACCCCUUUAGUAGAACCAUGGACCAUUCAGCUUGGAGUAAGUCCGCAACAGCUCAAUAAGUACGACUGCGGGGUCUUCGUUUGUGAGAGCGCGAGGCGACUCGCCGCCGGCCAUACUCUGAGCUACUAUCAACACAUGGCUCAAACAAUAAGAAUUCGGAUAAAAAAUGAAAUCGAGGCAGGAAAACUUCAAUAG